AUGACGUCAGCGCCUGGCGAACGCGAAUCAGGCGGAAACAGAGUUCCACCUAGUGAUUCUUAAGUUAGCGAUUAUAGAUGACUUAAUUAAUCAAAUUAAGAUCUGUAAAAGCUGGAAGAAUCAUAAUUGAACGAAGUAUAGUUUGGUAAAUUAAAAUCACACAAAGUAUCACUAAAUGAAGCGUAAAUUAAAUUGAACGCAGGAAAAUAGAGUUAUGGCGUCGCGACGGCGAUGUGUUGGCGAUGCACCGGAAUCUUGAGUGUUCAAGAGGAUCAUCGUGUAGUGUCCACGGCCUCGAAGGCUCUCCUUGGACAAAGACGACGUGGGCAAUUUCUAGACCUUCUCGUAAAGUCUAGAGAUCAAUGAAGUGGGUCGUCAAAUCGUCUCUGGCAGCUGUCACCUAGCGGAGCGAAAAAAUGGCGACUUUACGGCUCUCUAGUGGCUAUCACCUGACGGAGAGGAGCUGGAUGAAGGUGGGGCGUGUGUUAGAGAGCUUCAUCCUCAGGUCCGCACAGCAAGAGAAGGCUCUUCAUCGCAUUUGGUAUGCUCUCAAGAGGUGGCGACUGGUCUCUUGGCGGAUCGUCCUCUUCCCGACGAUGGCUUGUUCGUCGAUCAAUCGAAGAUGAUUUACUCAAUGGAUUCGCGAUCCUUUUAUCGCGAAUCGUUCAACAAUUUUAGUAGCAAUGCUCCGCAAAUUGCGUUGACGAGAUUUUCGCCGAUGAUCUAGUGAUUCUCAUUGCUUAAUCCUUCACCAGCGAUCUGCAAGAAAGUCACGAUAAUCAAAUAAAAAUAUAUGAAUUUUGACUCUAGAAGGAUUCGAACCCGCGCCGGUUGCUCGCCUAUGAAGAAGGUGUGAUGCGGGUUUAGUCCCACAUCGGUUGUGCGCCGAUUUUUUGGGCGAAUAUAUAGUAAUGUUAACUUUGCAAGCAAAGUCCUUUCUCUCGCGUGUACAACCACUCCUUGCCCCACAGCCGGCUGGCCACCGAUGACGUGGAAGGGGAGUGGCGCACACAUGCGCCCCUAUUGGUCCAAGCUAAGCCGCUCGAGCCCCUGCUUGUGGCUACUCCCCAACUGUGCUUCCGACCCGCUCGCGGGCCUGGCUAGCCAGCAAGUCCCCCUCAUUUUGCAAUAUUUUUUAUUUUUAUUUCUUGUUCUUCAUUUAUCUCAAAGGUAAGACUGUAAAAAUCAUAUAAAAUCACAUAAUUACCCAAAAAUUCACAUUAAUCAAUUGAAAACAAAAAAUCAUUCUUUAACAUAAAUAUAAGUCUAUUUAUCAUGAGUUAAGGCUAAAACUAUAUUAUUUACUAACUAUUAACUCAUGAUAAUGAAGACUUAUCAAGUAGUCAAAUAGUCUUCAGUGGCUGAUACUUAGUAGAGUAGAAAAAUGACAACUUUGCUGAUCUCUUAUAGUUAUCACCCAAUGGAGAAGAGUUGGAUGGAGGUGAGGCGCAUGUCAGGAAGCUUCAUCCUCAAGUGUGCGUAGCAAGAGGAGGCUCUUCAUCGCAUCUAGUACGCUUUCAGGAGGUGGCGACUCGUCUCUUGAUGGAUCGUCCACUUUUCGAUGACGGCUUGUUCAUCAAUCAAUCAAUGAUGAUUUACUUGAUGGAUUCACGAUCCUUUUAUAUUUAUUUAGAAAUACUUCUAAAUAUCCAGAAAUUCGUAUUUUCUAGUUUUAUAAAUUUAAUAUUUGCGUGAUUUAAUAUACAACGACUAAGUCACGUCAAAUUUUGGCACUGUUGCUGGGGAUGUAUUGCAUAA